AGCUUAAUGAACCGGAUGACUGUGAGAUGGGAAACCGGGUUUGCUUGGGGGCCAAGGACACCACCGCGGUGCCACGCCAAAAACGCGAAACGACAGCAUCACUUUUAUAUAACCAAACAUUCAUUUCUUGUAUCAUCUUACGCUAAAAGCGGCUUUCCAGAGCUACGCCUCUCAUUUCCAUUUGCCACAAAAACCCUAGCGUCCGCACAGAUUCCUCGUUUGCUCUCGGCACCCAUGGAUAUUGAGGCCGAGAUCCGUGCAUUGCAGCUUGACUCCACAGCAGAAGAUAAUAAUGGUGUGGUCAAUCCUGAAGAUGCAAAACCAGAAGUUGAAAUGACAGAUAAGGUGGAGGAGGAAGGAAUGAAGGAUGAGCUUGAUACAAAAUCCCAGCCAGUUCAGGCUGAGCCAAAAGUGAAAGACAAGGAAGUAUCUGCUCCAGAGGAUGUUGAAGCGCUGGAUGAAAUGGAAAUAGAUAAGAAGCGCCACUUGAAUGUUGUUUUUAUUGGUCACGUUGAUGCUGGCAAGUCAACAACUGGAGGCCAGAUACUCUUCCUCAGUGGUCAAGUCGAUGACCGUACAAUCCAGAAGUAUGAGAAAGAAGCAAAGGAUAAGAGUAGAGAAAGCUGGUAUAUGGCAUAUAUUAUGGACACAAAUGAAGAGGAGAGGAUUAAGGGUAAAACUGUUGAAGUUGGAAGAGCACACUUUGAGACUGAGACAACUAGAUUUACUAUUUUGGAUGCACCAGGUCACAAGAGUUAUGUUCCAAAUAUGAUCAGUGGGGCAGCUCAAGCCGAUAUAGGUGUUCUGGUGAUUUCUGCUCGUAAAGGGGAAUUUGAAACUGGAUAUGAGAGGGGUGGGCAGACCCGUGAACAUGUCCAGCUGGCAAAGACCUUGGGUGUGGCGAAGCUACUUGUAGUAGUUAAUAAGAUGGAUGACCAUACUGUCAACUGGUCUAAAGAAAGGUAUGAUGAAAUUGAGUCAAAGAUGACACCUUUUCUGAGGUCCUCAGGCUACAAUGUGAAGAAAGAUGUUCAGUUCCUACCAAUAUCUGGUCUUGUUGGUACUAACAUGAAAACAAGAGUAGAUAAGAGUACAUGUCCUUGGUGGAAUGGUCCCUGCCUAUUUGAAGCCCUCGAUUCUGUUGAAGUUCCUCUCAGAGAUCCAAAAGGUCCAUUUAGGAUGCCUAUAAUUGACAAAUUCAAAGACAUGGGAACUGUUGUUAUGGGAAAGGUAGAAUCUGGAAGUGUGCGUGAGGGUGAUUCCUUAUUGGUUAUGCCAAACAAGGCUCAGGUGAAAGUUCUAGCUGUGUAUUGUGAUGAAAAUAAGGUUAGGUGUGCAGGACCUGGUGAAAACUUACGGGUUAGAUUAUCUGGGAUUGAAGAAGAGGACAUAUUAUCGGGUUUCGUCUUGUCAAGUGUUGUAAAAUCGAUAGCUGCUGUCACUGAAUUUACAGCCCAGCUGCAGAUCCUUGAGUUGCUUGAAAAUGCUAUUUUUACAGCUGGAUAUAAGGCUGUGUUGCAUAUUCAUUCUGUUGUUGAGGAAUGCGAGAUAGUUGAGCUACUACAGCAGAUUGAUCCAAAGACAAAGAAGCCCAUGAAAAAGAAAGUUCUUUUUGUGAAGAAUGGUGCUGUUGUUGUGUGUCGCAUUCAGGUGAACAACUUGAUUUGCAUUGAGAAGUUCUCAGAUUUUCCACAACUUGGGAGAUUCACUCUUCGUACUGAAGGAAAAACCGUUGCAGUUGGAAAAGUCACUGAUCUUUCUUCAAGUAGUAGUGCUUAAUACAAUUUUGUUCUUAGAGGUACGAUGACAGGACAGUCAAUUCUGGUGUACCAAAUCCAGCAGCAGCACGGAGAGAGUUGAGUUGAGUUGAGAUAGUCGCCAAGAGGAAGAAGUGUUACAAAGUGUUGCUCUAGAUAUUGCAUUACAGAUGACUUUGAUGUAAUAGUGUCUUUGGGAAGAUGAGAUGGUUAUUGUUGCUCCAAUAGUGGUUUUGGGGGCGUUUAUGCUUUUGAUAUUGUGGGAUGAUGGGUGUAUAGUAUUAACUGAUUCCACACCCAUUUGUCAAUUUAAAAAUACCCAAUUAUGAUUAAUGGUGUUCAAUCAGUUUGAUUAAAGUUUUUGUUCAAUCAGUUAUGGAUAUAUUUAGAUUCAAUUUA